GCUGCACUCGGUAUUCCGUAGCUUUUUUAGCCAGCACGCCAGAGAGUAGCGCGAAGAAGACAGGUAGUAGGGGGUAUUCAUUCACGGGCUUCUCGAAAUUUCAUCUUUCCGUCCCGUUUCCUGACAAGGUAACUCUCCACAUUACGGCGUUGUUUGUUUCGCAGUCGUCCGGCACGAAGCAAAAGCAACCUGCGACGGGUUUUACUUUGGAUUUUUCAGAGGUCUUAUCUGUGAGCAGCAGUCACUUGAAAUCACGCUGAUGGCGGUCACAAUUGAGGAUCUCUAUCGUAGCUACGGGAUCCUUGCUGAUGCCAAGGACAACCUCAGUCAGCACAAAGAUGCCUACCAGGUAAUAGUGGAUGGUGUGAAGGGUGGCCCCAAGGAGAAGCGUCUGGCAGCACAGUUUAUUCCCAAGUUCUUCAGCAGCUUUCCUGAACUUGCAGAUGCAGCUAUUAACGCCCAACUAGAUCUCUGUGAAGAUGAGGAUGUUUCGAUCCGACGUCAGGCCAUCAAAGAGCUCCCGCGCUUUGCAACUGGUGACAACAUCCCCAGAGUUGCAGAUAUUCUCACUCAGCUUCUUCAGACAGAUGAUACGGCAGAGUUUAACCAAGUGAAUGCAGCACUUAUUUCUAUCUUCAAAAUGGAUGCCAGGGGAACCCUUGGGGGACUCUUCUCUCAGAUCCUGCAGGGAGAGGAUAUAGUGCGAGAAAGGGCCAUCAAGUUUCUGUCAACUAAACUGAAGACCCUGCCAGAGGAUGUCAUGACAAAGGAGGUGGAGGAGUACGUCUUUGCAGAAACAAAGAAGGUGAUGGAGGAUGUGACAGGAGAGGAGUUUGUGCUGUUAAUGCGUGUAGUGUCGGGUCUACGGGUACUGCAGACUGUAAAUGGGAGGCAGCAGCUGGUGGAGCUGGUGGUGGAGCAAGCUUUCCUGGAGCAGGCCCUCAACCCAGCUGACCCUGACACUGUGGACCGCCUGCUGCAGUGCACACGCCAGGCCCUACCACUGUUCUCUAAAAAUGUCCAUUCCACACGUUUUGUAACCUACUUCUGUGAACACGUCCUGCCAAACCUCAGCGCCCUGACAAGUCCUGUGGCUGAGUUGGACAUUCAGUUGGAAGUGCUAAAGCUGCUGGCUGAGAUGAGUCCGUUCUGUGGAGAUAUGGAAAAGCUGGAGGCCAACCUCAACAUGCUGUUUACCAAGCUGCUGGAGUUUAUGCCGCUGCCUCCAGAAGAAGUGGAGAAUGGUGAGAAUUCGGCAAGCGAGGAACCCAAACUACAGUUCAGUUAUGUAGAGUGUCUCCUGUACAGCUUCCACCAGCUGGGCAAGAAGCUGCCAGACUUCCUUCUUGACAAAGUGGACGCUGAGCGCCUUAAAGACUUCAAGAUCAGGUUACAGUAUUUUGCCAGAGGCCUGCAAGUUUACAUCAGACAGCUGCGAGUAGCACUGCAAGGAAAGACGGGAGAUGCUCUAAAGACUGAAGAGAACAAGAUCAAAGUGGUGGCCCUCAAGAUCACAAACAACAUCAACGUCCUCAUCAAGGAUCUCUUCCACAACCCUCCAUCAUACAAGAGCACAGUCACUCUGUCCUGGAAACCUGUACAGAAGGCAGAGGCUGUAGCGCCUAAGCGUCCAUCAACUGAGGAGAUGGGAUCAGGAGGCAGCACAAAAAAACAGAUCUCUCCUCAGUCCCGGAGGGACGCACGACAGAUCUACAAUCCUCCCAGUGGCAAGUACAGCGCCUCCAUUGGAAACUUUAACUAUGAGCAGCGUGGUGGCUUCAGAGGAGGCCGAGGAAGAGGUUUCGGAGGCGGAGGCAACAGGAGCCGAGGCCGGAUCUACUGAGGUGCGCGGACACACAAACGCAGAGUACAUAUUGCUCAUAGAACUGCAUCACAUCAGGAUUUUUUUUCCACACCACCACGGACUAUUUUUCAUCUACUUAACUUUUUUUUUUUUUUUUU